AUGGUCUUGCAGUCAGAUCGGCAGGAGCAGGGACCUGGUGAGAGUCUCGCUGAGACACCUCAGCUGCGAGAACACCACCGCGCUGCAAUUAAGGUGAUUCGUAGGAUGCAGUAUUUCGUGGCAAAGAAAAAGUUUCAGCAAGCUAGAAAGCCCUAUGAUGUCCGAGAUGUUAUUGAGCAGUAUUCUCAGGGUCACCUCAACCUGAUGGUGCGAAUCAAGGAGUUACAGAGGAGGUUGGACCAAUCCAUAGGGAAGCCAUCUCUUUUUAUCUCUGUCUCAGAAAAAAGCAAAGAUCGAGGGAAUAACACGAUUGGUGCCAGGCUGAACAGAGUGGAGGACAAGAUGUCUGCUGUCAGCAGAAGAUCUGCGACUUGCACAUCACAGAGGCGGAAUCCAGUUUUAGGGAGUUUUGGCCAAGCUUUGAGGUCAAAUAAUCAGUCCCACAGAGAUGCCGCCAAAAACUCUCAGCGAAAUUUUGGUAGCAGAAGUGACUGGGGAGGAACAUGGUGCCCCUCCACCGAUGCAAAGGAGCAGCAGUUCCCGCUGUAG